CCGACGGUUAUCCUUUCCCUUCUAUCCGGGGUCGAACAGCCCAGCGACCUAGUAGUUUCUCGUAUUCGCCUCGGGACGAAAGGCAUUCCGGUCUUAUCCGCGAAAGUUCACACCACCUCAGCGUCACAUAAGUUGUCCGAGUCCGCUUGUUCACGCGUCACGUCUCGUUUGCUUGUGUUGCACAACUUGGUACUACAUAGAGUUCUGACCCUCGACGUCACCGUAUAGCUACGGUUUGCCUCACUAGAAUGUCUCGUCCUGUCCAGAGUGCUUUCUCCUUCCUCCGUUACGGAAUGAGAGUGAACUACAGCGUACGCUCAUCGUUUGCGGCGUAUAGCAGACGUACUAUGGCCUCGACUGCCUCGCAUGCAUCGCAUGGCAACUACGGGAGUGAUACGCCAUGGAUGAUUGGCUCGGCUUUGCUAUUUGGUCCAGCGAUGCUCUAUCUCUUGUCACCAUCUGCGCGCAAGACCAGCCAUGCCCAUGAGGCGGACCACGGUCACAGCGCACACCAGAGUGACGCCAGUCAUCAUGUCGAACCGCACCCUGCUGCAGAGACUCCCGCAAUGAAAGAUGAUGAGGGUACUGAGGUGUCUGGUGAGGAGAUCAAGCAGUCGAUGGAGCAGGCAUUCGAUUCGGAUUCUCCUAAGGACGCUCAGGAGCAUGAGGAAGCUGUCGCUAAAGGAGAGGAGACUUCUGAAGAAUCGAGCGAAACUGUUUCCCAGGAGAGUGCAGAUUCUGCUCCCUCAGAGGCUGAUUCAACGCCAUCCGAGGAGGAGAAACAAGAGGUUGCACUAGAAGUUGCUCAAAUUGAGUCUCCAGCAAAUACUGAGGCGAGCGAAGCUAGCCAGGAAGCUGCUGAAGAGAAACAUUAAGUGAUGAUCUUACAAAAACUACCAUAGAGCUGCGUCUACUUAUUUAGUAUUUACAUAGUAAGUAGUUUGUGCGUCACCUUACAGCACACCCGAAAAUCAUUACUUUCCUGCAUAACAUCCCUGAACGACCCGAGCG